GGGUAACCGGUCGAAAUUCAUCGCGAACGAGUUAACUAAGAAAACAAAAUGGAGUCGAAAACGAAAAAGUCAGAAGAUGCAGAUAGCAAACCAGUUGUUGUUUUAAAAGGACCAACAGAUAUCCAAAGGCUUAAGCUGGAAAAAUUGAUGAGAAAUCCGAACAAAGAAGCAUUCAUACCAGAAAAAUCGAAAGAAAAGGAACCAAGGGCGCCUCAUGAAUUUAUCAGGAAUGUCUGGGGUUCAAGUGCUGGGGCUGGAAGUGGGGAUUUUCAUGUGUAUAGAGGGGUCCGGCGCAGGGAAUAUGCAAGACAAAAGUUCAUUGAUGAAAAGGCUGAAAAAACUGCAAAGGAUCAAGAAUAUCAGAAAAAGAUAGAGCAGAAUCAAAAGGCAGCCGAUGAGAGAACAGCCAAGAAAAGAGCCAAAAGAAAUAAAAAAAAGCAGAAACUUAAAGCUAAAAAGAGCAAGCCAUCUGAAGAAACAACCAAAAAGGAAGAAAACGAUGACAGUGAAGAGGAAGAAGAUUCUGAUGAAGAGGAUGAGGAGAGGAGUGGGCAGGCUUCCGAUAAACGACCCACAGAGGAUGAGGAGAGGAAUGGGCAGGCGUCUGAUUAACGACCCACGGAGCAGACAGGCGAAGGGAGCGACGAGGAGAGAGACAUUCGGUGACAAGACGAGGGAGUGGCUCCCCAGACACGGAGACGGUGAGAGACGGACAGUAACCAGACAUAAGGAGAAUGUUAGACGGACGGUCUGCAAUGUGGUUCUAAUGUGACUGUGUAAAGAAAAUUGGUCAGGGGUUGAUUUCAUUGCAUCAACACAUCCUUGCUGUACUGUACUGCCCCAUGUUUCACCCACAGUUGCUUGGAUCAUUUCAAUUUUCAAAUCAUUUUGAUCACAUCCUUGCUUCUACAUGCAUGUUAUAUUUUUGGUCAUAUUCAGCACAUCAUUGCUGGUACCAGUUUUAGUGUGAGGACAAAGUAGUUUUUGUACUAAAACAUGAAAAACUUGUCAGAUAUGAUUUUUGUCAAAACAUAUUUCAUGUACAGUACUGUAUUUUAUUAAAAUGAAGUUUGCAUCUAAAGGAUAUCCUACGAUUUGUGAAGUGAUAUAUAUAAACGCAUAAUUUAGAUUUCAGAGUUAUAUGAAUUCUAUAUUUGCAAUUGGUAAGGGGAUUGGAAAACUUAAGUGAGAAAGAACAGCAUAUCGCAUCAGUCUCAGGUGUGCAUGUUUGUUGACAAAUUCCAAUGGAUUUAUGCUUUCUCAUUAUGUUUCUAAAUGUACAUGUACAUAUCAAUAAAAUAGUUAUAUGCGUGAUA